CCCAUUAUAGAUAUUACGACAUUAGUUUUGUCGCUAUACUCAAGUCACAUUCAGGGAUUCAGCAUCUUUUUAUCUAUUCGUGGAUCAAGUGAAACGUAAAAUAAUUUAUCAACAUAAUUAUUCGAAAGUAUUGGUGUCAAGACAUAGAACGACAAAAAUGCUUUCGCAACGAAUUGUGGUAUCAGCUCCGAGACUAAUUCGACGAAAUUUCGGAAUUGCUGCUCCAAUGAUGCAGGCAGCCGCUGUUGACCCUAUUCAGCAGUUAUUUGUCGACAAAAUUCGAGAAUACAAAUCCCAGUCUUCGGGUGGCAAACUGACCCUUCCUCCUGAAAUUCAAGCAGAAAAAAAGAGAGAACUAGAAAAACUAGCCAAACAGUAUGGCGGUGACGAAGGAGCAGAUAUGACAGCUUUUCCUAAAUUUUCUUUCCCAGAUCCAAAAAUCGAAGUUAAUCCACUGGAAUCGACAUCCAAAUGAAAUUGUUAAUGUGUAAUUAUAAAAAGAGGUAUAGAAUAAAAAUUUAAUUCUAAGGUUAAAUUCAAAA